AUGGGUACAAGCUUCGACGCGAUAGCGCAGAGAAAUGCCCAAGAUGCCAAAAUGGCUUUCCUCGACCAGUUCACCCGAGCUAAGGAGGAUAUCGUAUCCUUUGUUGACAGCCGCCUCGGUUGGAAACAGGCCGGAAAGUUCCUCGGGUACUUCAUUGGCUCAUUCAACAUCAGCAUCGCUGUCCAGAAUGGCGAGACCGGCGAGCGUGCACUGAUUCGUUUUCCCAUACCGGGAAAAGUGUACAAAUCGUGGCUAGAGCAGAAGGUCAAGAACGAGGUCAUGGUUCUGAAAUACAUUUCCCGCCACACGGACAUCCCCAUUCCACAAGUUCAUCACUGGGGUUUAACUGAAGAAAGCCCGUGUCACAUGGGACCUUUUAUAAUCGAAGAGUUCAUGGAAGGGGAGGACCUUGGCGAGCUUCUUAGAAAGCCCUCGGACAUUAACGAAGAUCUUCUCGUUCUAAAUCCAGGCAUCAACAAUGCAAAGCUUGACUUUGUCUACGAACAGAUCGCUGGAUUUCAACUGCAGCUCUCGCGCCUGGAAUUCCCGCGCAUCGGUGCUAUCUCUAUGGACAGCGAGACAGGCGAGGGCAAAGUCACCGGACCACCACUGACUUACGACAUGAAUGAGGUCGUUGGCUUCGCUGGUUUCCCCGCUGAGAGCUACACGGCUACGGAACCCUUCAGUCGGGCGGGUGACUACUUUUCAGACCGCGCGCGAUGCAUGCAGGUAAAUCUCGAGACGCAUCGCAACAUAGGUUUCGACGAUGAUAACAUCACCUGGAGUCGGUGCGUCGCACGCCAUUGCUUUGCCAAACUAGUGCCCGUCUACGGCAACAUUGACGAAGCUGGGCCAUUCCGUCUCUUUUGCGACGAUAUGCGGCCGUCCAACAUGCUUGCCGACCCCAAGACAAUGCGCAUCACUGCCUUGCUGGAUCUCGAGUUUACCAAUGCCAUGCCGGCCCAGUACGCCUAUGAUCUGCCCUCGUGGCUCAUACUUCGGGAUCCAGCCAUCAUGAUAAGCGACUCAAAGCAGGAAUUCGUCGAUGCUUUUGAGCCGCGCAAAGACCAGUUUAUCCGUGCCAUGGAGCGUGCCGAGGCCAAAUUUCCCCCCGCAGAGGGACAGCCAACUCUUUCGGCUCGGAUACGGGAAUCAUGGGACAGCGGGCGUUUCUGGUUCAACCUUGCAGCACGAAGCAGCUUCGAUGUCGAUGAGGUUUACUGGAAGUGCCUCCACAAGGAGGGUCGAGGCGAGUCAAUGCUGGAUCAAGCAACGCUUGAUGACAAGAGCGAAUUCCUGAAGCGGAAGAAGGCCCAAUUUGACGCCUACUGGGCAGAGAAGCACAAUGACAAGCGCUUUGAGAGUAGUUGA